AUGUCCGAUAACAAUCAAGGACCACCACCACCCAAUGAAUCUGACUUGGGUCCGCCAAAAGCAGAUUUUAGUGCUCCACCACCAUAUGAACUGACAAAUAGUCAUGUCAAUCUACAACAACAGCAACAACAAUUGACUCUUAACCAACAGAAUCUACAACAACAACAGCAAACAAGCAUACCAGCCGAAAUACCCAUACAUCAUGGCAAAUUACCAACCUAUGAAGAGGUACAAAUGGAAAAGUCGUUGAAUGGUGAAUUACCUCCUGGAUUUUUGACAACACAUACCUUGCAACCACCGCCACCAUUGGCACCACCACCCAAUCCACUAUUGGCAAAUUUACGCGACACAAAUACCACCAGCGGAGGUGGUUCUGGCAGUGGUCUAACAUUUAUUGCCAUCGAUGCAUCGGAGGCGGAAAAUUUAACAAAUAACACAGACAACAACCUAUUGGGUACCGAUAUAAUGUUCAUCACUGCUUUUAUGGUGGCAUUUCUAUUCAACUGGAUUGGUUUUUUGAUGUUGACCUGUUUCUGUCAUACAAUUGCGGCGCGUUAUGGUGCUCUAUCUGGGUUCGGUCUAUCAUUGGCUAAAUGGACACUAAUUGUUAAGCACUCGACGGAUUUGGCAUCGCAUGAAAACUCCUGGCUGUGGUGGUUGAUAAUGGCUUUUGGGUUUUUGAUUUGUGUCCGGGCUAUGCUACAAUAUGUUAGUAUUAAACGUACUUGGCGUCUGUUGUCGACCUCGGCCCAGGAACGUCUAUUGUUCUUUUACUAGAC